GCGUCGCUCGCUCGCUCGCUCGCUCGCACGCGCUGUGCGGCUGCCCGGUGGGAGUGCAGCCCAGCGGAGAUGUGCGCGCGCCGCCGCGGAGUCAGCGUCCGAGCGGAGCCGUCGCCUCAACGAUGAUCGCGCUCUCGUUUAAAUGUCGCUGCCAGAUACUGCGGAGGGUCAAUAAAGAUGAAGGGCCGUAUUCAAAGCUGUCCUCCAGGCCGGGUGAUGGAGGACUGUCCAUCAGGAGACAGAGCAUCCCAGAGGAACUGAGGGGGACUAGCUUAGUGGAGUUGAUGAAGAAAGAAGGCACCACUCUGGGCCUGACUGUUUCCGGUGGCAUCGACAAGGACGGGAGGCCUCGUGUUUCCAACCUGCGCCAGGGAGGCAUAGCGGCCAGGAGUGACCAGCUCUGUGUCGGAGACUACAUUAAGUCAGUCAAUGGGAUCAAUUUGACUAAAUUCCGUCACGAUGAGAUCAUCAGCUUACUGAAGAAUGUUGGGGAACGGGUGGUCCUGGAAGUGGAGUAUGAGCUGCCCUCUGUCUCUGUGCAAGGAACAGGGGUAAUGUUCAAAAAUGUGGAAGUUACACUGCACAAAGAAGGAAACACAUUUGGGUUUGUAUUAAGAGGCGGUGCCCAUGAGGACAGGAGCAAGUCACGACCCGUUGUCAUAACGUCCAUCAGGCCAGGGGGCCCGGCUGACAGGGAGGGGACAAUCAAGCCAGGGGACCGGUUGCUGAGCAUCGAUGGAAUACGUCUGCAUGGCACCUCCCAUGCUGAGGCAAUGAGCAUCCUCAAGCAGUGCGGCCAGGAGGCAACACUUCUCAUCGAGUAUGACGUGUCUGUCAUGGACUCGAUAGCGACAGCUUCCGGGCCACUGCUGGUGGAAGUGGCCAAGCCCUUGGGUUCAAGCCUUGGAAUAGCGCUAUCUACCUCCAUGUACUGUAACAAGCAGGUGAUCAUCAUUGACAAGGUGAAGCCUGCCAGCAUCGCAGACAGGUGUGGUGCUUUACAUGCAGGCGACCAUAUAUUGUCAGUAGAUGGGUCGAGCAUGGAGUACUGUACGUUAGUGGAAGCAACACAGUUGUUGGCUAAUGCUUGCGAUCACGUCAAGAUGGAGAUCCUACCGCACCACCAGACCCGACUUGCCCUCAAGAGCUCGGAGCAGGGUGAGCUUGUGCUGGGCUCUUCCUUUUCAAACUCCUCGAUGAGCGCCUACAGCUUGAGUUCCCUCAGCAUGGGUACACUGCCCCGCAACCUGCAGCCACCUAGCCCCCGAACUGCCACAAUGCGGCGCAAGCUGCACAAGAAGGACCAGAAGAGUUCCUUAUCUCUGGCCUCCAGUACCCUAGGCCUGUCUGGUCAGGUGGUCCACACAGAAACCACAGAGGUGACCCUUGUCAGCGACUCCAUCAUGGGUUUUGGGAUCCAGCUGCAGGGCGGUGUGUUUGCCACGGAGACUCAGUCCUCCCCUCCGCUUAUUGCCUACCUGGAUCCAGAUAGCCCUGCAGAGAGGAGUGGAAUACUGCAGAUUGGUGACCGUGUCCUAGCCGUCAACGGCGUCCCCACAGAGGACAGUUCUUUGGAGGAAACCAACCAGAUGCUGCGCAACUCGCCUGUCGGGAGCAGCGUAACUCUGGAGAUCGAGUUUGAUGUAGCAGAGUCAGUAAUCCCCAGCAGUGGCACUUUCCAUGUGAAGCUCCCAAAGAAGCCUGGAGUAGAGUUGGGCAUCACCAUCAGCUCCCCGUCCAGUCGGAAACCAGGCGAUGCCCUUAUUAUCUCUGACAUCAAGAAAGGUAGCAUGGCUCACAGGACGGGCACAUUGGAGAUGGGGGACAAGCUGCUGGCUAUUGACAACAUUCGUCUGGAAAACUGCUCCAUGGAAGAUGCCGUGCAGAUCCUACAGCGCUGCGAGGAGCUUGUCAAGCUCAAGAUCCGCAAGGAUGAAGACAACUCAGAUGAGCAGGAAAACUCUGGAACCAUUAUCUACACAGUAGAGCUAAAGCGGUAUGGAGGUCCACUGGGCAUCACCAUCUCAGGCACUGAAGAGCCUUUUGACCCCAUCAUCAUCUCCAGUCUGACCAAAGGAGGCCUGGCUGAGAGGACUGGCGCCAUCCACGUGGGCGACCGCAUCCUCGCGAUCAACAAUCACAGUCUGAAGGGCAAGCCACUGAGCGAGGCCAUCCACCUCCUGCAGGCGGCUGGGGAGUCCGUUACACUACGCAUUAAGAAGCAGGGAGAUUGUGAGUCUCUACAAAUCCUUCAAACAUGUAAAACCCCCCUGCAGGCUGUUUGUUCUGGCCGCAUGACUGAGUUUGGUGAUGUGGAGGAUGAAGUCCAGACCACAACAAAACCAGGCAAGCUCUCUGACAUCUACUCUACCACCGUGCCAAGUGUGGACAGUGCCGUGGAGUCCUGGGAUGGCUCCGCCGUCGACUCCACUGUUGGUGGUCAGGGUGAGACUGCGAACAACCCAUACCUCCAUGCCUCUGGGUACAGCCUCCCCAGCCCCGAGGGGAGGAGCAACCAAUCACAGGGCAGCGGGUUGCCUGGAAACAGUCGGAAGGAUCACUCCUUACAGGACCUGGGGAGAAGUUAUGACGAGUGGGAGCGAAUCACCAUCAGUGGGUUCUCCAUGGGCCAUGACACAACAGAGCCUGACCAGGAAGAAAACUUCUGGUCCCAAGCCUUAGAGGACCUGGAGACAUGUGGACAGUCAGGAAUCCUGCGUGAGCUGGAGGCAACCAUGGCAGGCAGCACCCUUAGCUUAAAUGAGCCCCCAUCCCUGCGUAGCCAUCUGGGUCGCCAGGCCAGCUUCCAAGAGCGCAGCCCCAGUCGUGCACAGUAUACCCAGGCUGGUCGCAGCUAUACACUGCCUAGUGAUCCUACCCGCAAGGCCUUGGCCGCAAGGAUGACAAAGCAGGAGGUGAAGGAUGCGUCUCCUACACCUGUGGAGUUACACAAGGUCACGCUGCUCAAGGAGUUGGGCAUGGAUGAUUUUGGCUUUAGCGUGUCUGAUAGCCUCCUGGAAAAGGGCGUGUACGUCAGCAACAUUCGCCCCGGUGGGGCAGCUCAGCUUGGGGGACUCAAGACCUAUGACAGGCUGCUUCAGAUCAACCACGUCCGAACAAGAGACUACGACUGCAAUCUGGUGGUUCCUCUGAUCGCUGAGUCUGGAAAUAAACUGGACCUGGUGAUCAGCAGGAACCCGCUGGCCUCCCAGUCACAUACAGAACUGAAUAAUGUGGCUGCAGAAGUGUCAGUGGACUGGACUGAGCCCAGUGAGCUGGGCAGGCAGAACCAUGAGCCUGUGGAGGGGGAGGCUACUGAAGCAACUCAGACUUUAUAGCAACGGGACUGGAGCCUACGGACCAGUACUGCUCCCUAUGGUGCUAACAUCCCUGGAACGGAGAUCCAGUGUCCAGGCAGUGUCUCUGUAGGCCCAACAGAGUUGGUUUGGACUCAGCCUGUUUCCUGAAGCCUGCGGUAGACAGGCUUGUGUUUGUACCCUUUAAACAACCAGAAGAACAACCAGAAGGACCCCUAGUAUGAGGAGAAGCAUUACAACGACUGAUACAGUGCCAUCCCUCCUUUUUCAUCCAGAUGGACAGUAAUAGUUAACAGCAGCUAGAACUACAUUGUUUACACGUGAUGUUGGAUGUGCUUGUGCGUACGUGCGGUGUGCGUUCAUGUGUGUACGUGGGGUGUGCAUUCAUGUGUAUACACAUGAAUGUGCGUUUGCCAGGUCCUCAGCUCACCUACGCCUGAGGACCGUUGUCCCGGAGUACAGCAAACGUACACAGCACCUGUCAGACUCUUAUUUUUGUAAUUUUUUUUUUUUUUUUUUUUUUUAAAU